AUGCUGCCAGAGCAGACAGAACAUGGGCUUGACCCAGGAGCACGUCGGGGAAUCGACGAGGAUAGAGUCGACGAAGCAACUGCAAUAGGGGCAUCAGCUUUCUCCCUGCUGAAUAGCCAUGGUGCUCAUGCGAUUCGUGGCGAAAUUGCUGAUGCUUGUCACAUUGAUGCGCAUCUUAUUCAAGACGUCUAUCCGUGCACUCCUAUGCAGGAAGGCUUGAUGUCUCUAUCACUGAAGAAUCCCGGACACUACACUAUGCGAGCAGUCAUGGAACUGCCGAAAGAUGUCGACCUGGACAAAUUCUGUUCUUCCUGGGAAACGGUAGUCUCGGAGUUGGCAAUACUCAGGAAUCGAAUCAUUCAUCACCAUGAGUUGGGAUUUCUUCAAGUAGCCAUAAAGGAGGACAUCCAGUGGGCAAGUGAACAAACACUCGAUGGCUACGAGAAGAAGUCGGAAAUUCUCAACAUGGUGCUAGGAGAACCCCUUUCACGAUAUGCUCUCAUUGCUGGGGAAGGUCCACGUGUCUUGUUCGUGUGGACAGUCCAUCACGCCAUUUACGAUGGCUGGCUCUUGCAAAAGGCGACAAAUAUGGCAAGCUCACUGUUCCAAGGGGAUUUGCCGUUUAGCACCACGCCGUUUGCAAACUUUGUCAAGCAUAUCUUGAACGAGAACAAGGAGCCUGCACGAGAGUUCUGGGUUUCUUAUUUGGCAGGAUGCAAAGAGACACAGCUUCCACCCACUCCUAAACCAGUGGUGAAAAGGAUGGCGAGCUCGUUCCGAGUAGAGCACGACUGCCAACUGGAUCUGAAAAGACGGGCUGUAAAGCCGUCGAUACUGGUAUACGCAGCGUUCGCAUUAGUGGCAGAUGUCAGUCUAUCAAUUGAUACUGUUUUUGGCACAAUAAACUCGGGUAGGAGCUCGGAGCGUCCUGAAUUGGCCAAUGCUGCGGGACCGACCAUUACUGCUACCCCAGUUCGGGUCAAGACGCAUGGCAAGACAUCUGUCAUCGAAUUCCUCCAGAGUGUUCAAGACGAAUCUCGACAGCGAGAGAAGUUUCAACAUGUCGGAUUGCAGACCAUUGCCAAGGUGAGUGAGGAUGCAAAGAAGGCUUGUGACUUUCAGACAAUGGUGAUAGUGCAGCCAAGAGAGAACGACCUGGAAGCCGCACCUUCCAUGGGCAAAUGGAUAACAGGAUCUAAAGAUCCUAGUUUACAGACGUACAAGUUGGUAAUACACGCAAUACUGAAGGGCCCAGUCAUCAAACUCAUUGCCGAGUCAAAUGACAGCAUCAUUUUUCCCCAAGAGGCAACCGUGCUACUGCAGCGAAUGGGAAACGUUAUGACUCAGCUUGUCUCCCCUAGGCCAAAUCAGAUUGUAUCAGAUAUUGAUAUUCUGGCACUGAGCGAGCAUCAACAGUUAUGGAGCUGGAAUGGUGUGGUGCCACCGGCGGUCAAUAGAUGUUUGCACAGCCUCGUGGAGGAGCAGGCAAGAGCCCGCCCGGAAGCGCAAGCUGUGUGUGCCUGGGAUGGUGAGCUGACCUAUGAGGAAUUGGACUCACUAUCGACUAGGCUGGCGUGCCAGCUCACCAGAAUCGGCUUCGGAUCUCAAACAAAGCUUGUGCCCAUAUGUUUUUCGAAAUCACGUUGGGCUGUGGUUGCGAUGCUCGCGGUACUCAAGGCUGGUGGCACAAUUGUACCAGUGGAUCCGUCGCCAACAGCACACCACCGGAGGGAGAGCAUCAUCUCUCAGACUGGAGCUAAAAUCGUACUUGCAUCCGCUGAUAUCGCUCCAAUUCUGGCUCGAGAUGGCCGCGUGGUCAUUACCGUACAAGAUCAGAGCACGGAUAACUCAGCCAUAGUUAGCUCGGUUGAAGCUAUAACCACUGUUCCAUUGAUGGCGGCAUAUGUUAUAUUCACAUCUGGUAGUACUGGGAAGCCAAAAGGUGUAGUUAUAGGUCACCGAGCAGCUAGCACUACCUGCGUUGUCCAUUGGUCUCGGAUUGGUGCAGGUAUCGAUACCCGCACCCUCCAAUUCUCAGCCUUUACCUUUGAUGUCAGCAUCCUUGAAAUCUUUGGCACCCUAACGCAUGGAGGUUGUAUAUGCAUACCAUCAGAGAGCGACCGUCUCAAUGCGUUAGAAAGCACGAUCACUAAAAUGGGUAUCAACCUCACAGUCACGACCCCGACAGUGAGCCGUCUGCUUGAGCCGAAAAGGGUUCCAUCACUCACCACAGUCGUCUUGUGCGGAGAGAACUCCAAGAUGGAGGACCUCGAGAGAUGGACGCAGCAAGCCAAGGUAUUUGAUGCUUACGGACCGACCGAGACGGCGAUCUUAUGCUCCAUGCACGAGUUCCGUAAGGCUCCAUCUGCUGGCGGGCUUGAACCUUGUAUUGGCACUGCUACGGGCUCAGUGGUGUGGGUCGUUGUGCCGGACAAUGUCAAUCAACUCGCGCCUAUUGGAGCAGUUGGUGAAGUCUUAAUAGAAGGUCCUCUCGUCGGGGAAGGAUACCUGAGUGACCCUGAACGAACGGCUGCGUCGUUCAUCGAGGAUCCGCCCUGGCUAGUGCGAGGGCUCCCAGGAACUUCUCAUGUAGGCCGACGUGGUCGCUUGUACAAGAGUGGUGACUUAGUGAGAUACAACGAAGACGGAACUCUAGUCUUCGUCGGCCGCCAUGAUGGCCAAGUCAAGAUCCGUGGGCACCGUGUGGAAUUGGGCGAAGUGGAACACCACAUUCUGGCUUACAUGCCGGAUGCUAAGCGUGUCGCUGCCGACGUUAUUGUACCGUCUGGGGAGGACGCAAAUCCUCUACUAGCUGCAUUUAUUGCCACGGACGAAAGUUCUGGCAAUGGUGUCAACAGUACUUCUAUUCAGGACUCUGAAAUACGGCUAAUGGACGUCUCUAAAGACCUGGAAGAUUAUUUGGCAGCGCGAUUGCCGGUUUAUAUGGUCCCAGCUGUGUACUUCCUCACCAACAAGUUACCUUUUAACGAUUCAGGCAAGACUGAUCGUCGAGCUUUGCGUGAGAAAACAAAACAGUUCUCUACAAAGCAGCUCUCUGAGCUUCGUAGCGGGCAUCAAGGCAACAACAACAAAUCGCCACCAGCCACAGCAACAGAGCGCAUCAUUCAGGAAAUAUGGGCUCGAGUGCUCAAGAUUGAUGCCGCCAUGAUUGGCGUUGACGAUAGCUUCUUUCAGGUCGGUGGGGACUCUGUCACUGUAAUCAAGUUCGUGGCAAACGCCCGUAGGGCUGAUAUGCCACUUUCUGUUGCUGACGUCUUCCGCGACCCGCGAUUAUCAGCUAUAUCGGCGACAAUUUCGGGAAUGGUGGCUCAAUCACCACAGUACGAGUUGGACCCGUUCGCCUUGUUAGAGAGAAGGAGUAAGAUAAGCGCAGCACAGUGCCAUGAUCGUAUCGCUACCGCCUGUAACAUUGAUCCAGUACGCAUCGAAGAUGCAUAUCCUUGUACGCCCCUGCAGGAAGGUCUUCUUUCCUUGACAUCCAAGGCUGUUGGUGCGUACACUACACGCAACGUUCUACACUUGUCAGAGCACGUCGAUGUAGAUCUUUUUCGCCGAACAUGGGAUCGGAUAGUACAGAUGUCACCAAACCUACGCACACGGAUUGUUCGAGAUGACGAGUUCGGUCUGGUCCAGGUCGUUGUCGACGAGAAGAUCCACUGGGCGCAAGGGAAUGACCUAGAUGUCUUCCUCCGGCAGGACGCUGCACAUGCCAUGACCACUGGGGAGCCCCUCACCCGGUUUGCUCUAGUCGCGAACAAGUCAGGUUCGUGGUUCGUUUGGACGAUCCAUCAUGCUUUAUACGACGGGCAGUUUCUUGCGCGAAUCCCCAAUCUCGUAAGCCAUAUUUAUAAAGGACAAGUGAACAGCACUGCAUUGAAAGACUUCAAAUACUUUGCGGAAUAUCUGGACAAUCUGGAUCGCGAAGCAGUUGAUGCCUACUGGCAGUCGGCGCUCAGGGGCUAUGACUCUGAACCCUUCCCUACGCCACCAUCUGGUUCGGCUGUUUCAAUGUCCGUUGUACCAAACUGCGUGUUGAAGCGAGAAAUCUCAGUACCUCAGGCAAUGGUGCCAGACAUCACUGCCGGUAGUCUGAUCCGGGCGGCCUGGGCGUUGGCGAUGGCAGCUACAUGUGGAGACAAAGACAUCGUUUUUGGAGCCACGGUCACUGGGCGUAACGCAAGUAUGGCUGGUAUUGAGGACAUUGCGGGACCUACGAUAGCCACGGUACCAAUCCGUCUGCGUAUCCCCGAUGGAUCGACACAAACUGUAGGGGCUUAUUUGAGCCAGGUGCAGAAACAAUUCAUGGAUAUGAUACCCUUUGAACAGGCCGGGUUGCAGCGCAUUCGGGAGCUUUCCACGGAAGCUCGACGGGCAUGCCAGUUCCAAACGCUACUCGUCGUCCAGCCAGGCGACAUCGACAGUUCAAAUCCGAUGAACAAUGGAGAAUUUCAAGAGGAGUUCGGUACCUGGAGGAACGAUACUGAGGCCCAAGAUUAUGCUAGCUAUGCCCUCAAUGUCACCUGCGUACUGAACGCUGGCGGAAUCGACGUGGAGGCAAUCUUUGACACCUCCGCCGUCAGCGAAUGGGUCGUCGGAUUGGUUCUAGACCGUUUCGAUGCCAUUUUACAGCAGCUCGCACGUGCUACUGCUGACCAGACUAUGGCUCUCGACGUACUGGCCCCGAGUGAUUAUGAUUCCAUCUGGAAGUGGAAUAGCAGCGUCCCAUCUGCAGUAGAAGGCUACGUGCACCAUCUCGUGGAGAACCAGGCCAACAUACGGCCGCAAGCUCAAGCAAUAUCCUCAUGGGACGGUGACUUCAGUUACUACGAGCUCAAUACCCAUGCCAAUAAGCUGGCAAGGCAUUUGAUCGCCCUGGGAAUCGCCCCUGGAAAAUUGGUACCGAUAUGUUUUGAAAAGUCGCGCUGGGCAGUGCUAGCAAUGCUGGCAGUGCUCAAGGCCGGGGGUGUCAUAGUUCCACUGGAUCCGACUAGAUCGGCUGACCGACGAGAGCGUAUUAUAUCGCAGACCGAUGCGACGGUGGUGGUGGCUUCUGCUCAACACGCUCAAAUGCUGGUUCAGACCGGUCGAGUUGUGGUUUCGGUCGAUCACAACAGUGUACAAAGCCUAUUAGAAGCGCCUUUAAGUCCAAAAAAGGUGUUGUUGACACCACAAAUGCCGGCAUAUAUCAUGUUCACGUCUGGAAGCACUGGUCAACCGAAGGGCGUCAUAGUAGAUCACCAAGCUGCCAUCACCACAUGCACGUACAAUGCUCGAAGAUUGGGAUUUACUCGAGAAUCUCGCACCUUUCAAUUCUCCGCGUACACUUUUGACGUCAGCAUCAUAGAGAUAUUAUCGACCUUGCUUUCUGGAGGGUGCGUUUGUAUACCUUCGGAUAACGAUAGACUCGGCGAUUUGGAAAGCAGCAUUAAUGCGAGCAACGCCAACUUCACCUUUCUGACUCCCACCGUGAGCCGAUUAUUGGAACCGGCCCAGGUGCCGUCGUUGACAACUCUCGCUUUAGGUGGAGAAAACAGUACGGACGAAGACUUUUCGCGAUGGACUCAUCAAUCGCGGAUCUUCAACGGAUAUGGUCCGACUGAGUGUACCCUAUGUUCACUGUAUGAAUUCACGGAUACUUCACCAGUCGGGUCUGGAUCUUGCAUCGGCACGUCCGUGGGCUCGGUGUUUUGGGUCGUGAUGCCUGGAGACGAAAAUCAGCUUGCACCCGUGGGGGCCAUUGGAGAAUUGCUGGUAGAGGGACCAGUUCUCUCACAAGGCUAUCUGAAUAGCCCAGAAAAGACCGCGGCCGCAUUUUUUGAAGAUCCUCAUUGGUUGAGACGUGGAAAUCCGUACCGCCCUGACCACAAUGGUCGCCAAGGUCGCCUAUAUAGGACCGGCGAUUUAGUGAGAUACACCAACAACGGAAAUUUACUAUUCAUCGGUCGACGAGAUACACAAAUUAAAAUUCGCGGCCAGCGUGUUGAAUUGGGCGAAGUCGAGCAUCACGUACAGAAAUGUAUCCCCGGAGCUCGACAGGUCGUUGCUGAAGUGAUAGUGCCACGAGGUGAUGGCGUUCAACCCACGUUGGCGGUAUUCAUGGUCGCAGAUAAGGACCUGAAAGGGUCAUCGGAUGAGAGACCGAGCAGGCAUGUCAAUGGGGACAGUAAAGGCGAGCAUAAUGGGAAAACAAAUGGAGAUCUGACAGCACGAAUAAUGAAUCCCUCAGCUGAGGUGAUUGACAAGCUUUCAGAGCGCCUGCCAGCGUAUAUGAUUCCAGCUGUUUAUUUACAAAUGCGUGCACUGCCAAUCAGCAGCUCAGGGAAAGCAGAUCGCCAGAUCAUCCGCAAUAUCGGUGCUGAAAUCUCAACUCAAGAUCUUGCAGAGUUUCACAGAGAGCGCCAGGGUGAUAGACGAGCCCCGUCUAGCCCUGCCGAGAAGUCUCUGCAAGAGAUUUGGGCGAGGACUUUCAGGGUUGAUGCCGAUUUAAUCAGCGUCGAUGAUGACUUCUUUCGACUUGGCGGUGACUCAAUUGCGGCUAUGAAACUCGUUGCUGACGCCCGCCGUUUGGGCUUUGCAUUUUCGGCCACAGAUGUUUACCGGAAUCCCAAAUUAUUCGCUCUUGCAAAGCUACUGACACAUGUACCCGAGGCUCAAUCAGAUGAGCUAGGCGCCUUCGCGUUACUAGAAGGCGAUAUAGCAGAUUGUCGGAACCGAGUUGCUGCUGCUUGUGAGCUUGAACCUAAAUGCGUUGAAGAUGCGUAUCCUUGCACGCCAUUGCAAGAGGGUCUCCUGGCUCUCACAGCUAAAUCCGAGGGUGCAUACACCACUCAAUGUCUUUUAACCUUAUCAGAUGGCGUCAAUCUGGAUCACUUCAGGGAGAUGUGGGAAGAGGUGACAUUACGUUUACCUAUCCUACGUACACGAAUUGUCCGAGACCCGCAGUAUGGAUUGCUUCAGGUCGUGGUAAACAAGCAAAUAAAAUGGGCGUACGAGGAGAAUCUUGACAUGUACCUGGACAAAGAUGCUUCGGAACCGAUGAUAAUGGGUCAACCAUUAGCCCGCUAUGCCUUAAUAUCAGACCGGAGCACACGUGGGUCGCAAAGCAUCUCUUUCGUCUGGACGAUACAUCAUGCACUUUAUGAUGGCCAGUUUUUCGGGCGGAUAACGGAUCUUGCCAACUGCCUCUAUGGUGGCAUCGCGGGGAAGGGAUCUUUCAAAGAGUUCAAAUACUUUGCAAGAUAUUUGGUCAAUCAGAAUGUUGAAGCCAGUGAUGUUUUCUGGCGGUCACAGCUUGAAAAUUACGAAUCCUUGCCAUUUCCCAGACUGCCAUCGGUACCGAAAGAGGUAAUAGCCAACCGUGUUGUUCGGCGACAGCUCGCGCCACUGCCAGCUUCAUCACAUCUCGUCACUGCCGCCAACCUGAUACGAGCAUCCUGGGCUCUGACAAUUUCCGCCUCCUGCGGUGAUAGCGAUAUCGUUUUUGGGACGACAGUCACUGGGCGACAAGCUGAUGUACCCGGUAUCGAAGAUAUCGCAGGGCCUACCUUUGCUACAAUUCCUGUACGUAUCCAGAUUGCUACGACCGAGACGAUCGCAGCAUAUCUUCAUAAGGUCCAGGAACAGUCGGUUGAUAUGAUUCCGUAUGAGCAAGCUGGACUACAGCGGAUCCAUGAGCUUUCCGCAGAUGGCCGCCGAGCCUGUCAGUUUCAGAACUUCUUGAUUGUUCAGCCUCCCCAAGAAGUGAGAGAACUUGAGCAUCUCGGUACCUGGACCACCAAUGUGGAUGCAAAAGACUUCGCUAGUUAUGCACUUAAUCUUGUCUGCGAGCUAGGCUCUAAUUGUCCCAAUGUGAAAGCCAUUUUCGAUCCAAGUCUGAUCAGCGAGUGGGAUGUGGAAAGGAUGUUAGAGCGGCUGGAUAGUGUGAUUCAGCAACUAGCUUGUGCCACCAAUGACCAGACACUGGCCGAGGUGGAUAUUCUGACAACCAGCGACUACCACUUACUGUCUCAAUGGAACAGUCAGACACCAACAACAGUCGAACGUUGUGUGCACAGCCUGGUGGAGGACCAAGUCUUGGCCAGGCCGGCAGAGCAGGCGGUGUGCGCUUGGGAUGGCGAUUUUACGUACGGCGAGCUACAAACGCUCGCCAGUAACCUUGCAUCUCAUCUCGUGAAUGUUGGAGGUGCUGGUCCCGGCAGGAUGAUACCGCUUUGCUUCGAGAAAUCCUGUUGGGCUAUAGUGGCGAUGUUUGCAAUCUUGAAAACGGGUGGCGUCGUUGUUCCGCUAGAUCCUCUACAACCAGCGGAUCGAAGAGAGCGGAUCAUAUCACAAACUGGUGCCGAUCUGGUGGUCACAUCUACGCAAUAUGCAGAGAGUCUAGCCCGAGCAGGCCGGAACGUGGUCGUUGUUGAACCCAAAUCCACGGUAGCGCUACCACUGACAACCGAAAACAUCAACAGUAAAUGUGAAGAUCCGGACUCAAUGGCUUUUGUCAUGUUCACAUCCGGCAGUACCGGGCAGCCAAAGGGUGUGGUCUUACAGCACCGGGCCAUAUCUACCGCUUGCGUUGCUCUCUGGAAUCGAUUUGGUGGCGGCUCGAAUCCUCGGACGUUUCAGUUUUCGUCUUUCACGUUCGACAUAAGCAUCUGGGAUAUCUUCGGAACCAUGAUUCAAGGAGGUUGCGUCUGUAUGCCUUCAGAUGACCAAAGGCUCAGCAGCAUGGAAGAGACUAUCGACAGAUUCAAGGCCAAUCUCUUGAUUACAACUCCUAGUGUGGGCAGACUGCUUGAGCCAUCCAACGUCCCGUCACUGACUGUAGUCGUCUUGGGUGGCGAGACCAGCACAGACGAAGACUUCACACGGUGGGGGCCGUCCAGAACUUUCAACGGCUACGGACCAACAGAAUGUACAAUGUGCUCAGUCAAUGAGUUUGUCGAGUCGUCGCCAGUUGGGUCAGGUUCCUGUAUUGGUACAGCUGUAGGGUGCACAUUCUGGGUUGUCACGCCAGACAACAUCAAUCAACUCGCACCAGUGGGAGCCAUUGGCGAGUUAUUAGUGGAAGGCCCCGUGCUAUCGCAAGGAUAUCUGGGCGAUCCGGAUAGAACGGCGGCCGGUUUUGUUAAGGAUCCUUCUUGGCUCUCUACUGGUGUUCUCGGCCAGGCAGGUCGACGUGGCCGCCUCUACAAAACCGGUGAUCUGGUACGCUACAACAGUGUGGACGGAAGUCUGACCUAUCUUGGCCGCAGAGAUACCCAGACAAAGGUUCGUGGUCAACGCGUCGAGCUAGGCGAGGUCGAAUACCAUCUCCAGGCUUGUGUACCAGAAACACCCCAGGUCGUCGCCGAAAUCAUUACGCCACGUGGCGAGGGUGCAAGUUCCAUGCUAGCCGCGUUUCUUGUCACCGGGAAGAGCAUAGACGAGGAUCCCAAUAGCAAGCUAAACGGGAAGCCAAACGGACAAUUGACAAGAAACUCUGACAAAAAGCUGCGUGACAAUUUGAGCAACAAGCCCUGCGUUAACUUGGUGAACAUCUCUACAGAAGCCGGCAGCGACUUGGCCAAGCGACUCCCAACAUAUAUGGUACCAACUGUCUACUUCGCUGUCGAUUCAUUACCUCUCACAAGCUCGGGCAAAACGGAUCGUCGAAUGCUUCGGGAACUUGCUUCUGGGUUUUCAGCCCAAGAAAUAGCUGAGUUCUGCAGCCGUCGAACAGAAAAGAGGAAGCCGUCGACACCAACGGAGCAUUCGUUACAGCAACUAUGGGCACUUAUACUUAAUAUUGAAGCCACUGCUAUAGGUGCGGAUGAUAGCUUCUUCCAACUCGGCGGCAAUUCUAUCGCUGCUAUGAAGCUCGUUGCUGAUGCUCGUCGUGCCAAUAUCGCACUGUCUGUUGCAGACGUAUUCCGCAACCCACGACUGUCAUCUCUCUCAGCUACCUGUAACUUGUGUCAAGCAACUGAUGCGACUCCAGACGAGCUGAAACCCUUCAGCUUAUUGGGAGAAGAUGGUAAAGCCUGCUCCAGUCGAGUUGCAGACGCCUGUAGUCUUCAACCUCAAGAUAUUGAGGACAUAUAUCCAUGCACACCAUUGCAGGAAGGUCUUCUCGCAUUGACGUCAAAGUCUGAGGGUGCAUAUACGGCGCGAAGUGUACUAGCAUUAUCAAAAGAUAUCAACAUCGAUCGAUUCCGAGAUGCCUGGACUAAGGUAGCACAAUUUUUGCCUAUUCUGCGCACUCGGAUUGUGCAGGACCUACAAUAUGGCCUAGUUCAGGUAGUGGUUGAUAAACAGCUUGCAUGGGGCGGCGGAGAACACCAUGAUCUUGAGAGUUUUACUAAAUACGACUCAGCGCAGCCAAUGGACCUUGGUCGGCCUCUUACCCGCUACGCAAUAGUUAUUGAUGAAUCACAGCGUGCGUGGUUCAUUCUGACUUUGCACCACGCGCUUUAUGACGGUCAAUUCCUCAAGUGGAUACCCGAUCUGGCCAGUGCCUUUUACAGAGACAUCCCUGCAGCGAGAGCGUUCAAGGAAUUCAAGUACUUUUUAGCCUAUUUGUCAAGGGUUGAUGCCAAUCGAUCGGAUGAAUACUGGCGCUCAACUAUGGAUGGCUACAACUCUCCGCCGUUUCCGCUUCCCACAUCAUGGACGGGCAAGUCCGUAACAGCUAAUCGAGUGUCAAGACAGCAAUUGAACAUACCACGAAUAUCAGAUUCGAAUGUGACUGCAGCUAGUGUAAUCCGGGCAGCUUGGGCGAUCACUAUGGCUGCCUGUUCCAGUUCGGCAGAUGUGGUCUUUGGUGCUACAGUCUCCGGGAGAUACGCCGAUGUUAUUGGCAUUACAGACGUCGCUGGACCUACGAUUGCUACAGUCCCGGUCCGUAUCCAGAUAACCGCCAAGCAGACAUUAACGCGGUAUCUUCAUCUAGUUCAAGAGCAAUCUACCGACAUGAUUCCUUUUGAACAGGCAGGCUUACAACGAAUCAGAGGGCUCUCGACAGAUGCUCGCCAAGCAUGUGAAUUUCAAACACUGUUAGUGAUUCAGCCUCAACAAGAAGCCGAGGAAAUACAUCAUGAAGGUUUUGGUGAUUGGAGGAAUGACACGGAAGUUCAAGAUUUUGCGACCUACGCGCUGACCUUGAUUUGCACUCUCACUCCCGAAGGGGCUUCAGUGGAGGCCAUCUUUGAUCCAUACUUCAUCAGUGAAUGGGUCAUAAAGGCAACAUUGAAACGUCUUGAUUCGGUGAUUCACCAGCUAGCCAAGGCCACACCACACCAGACCAUAAAUGACCUGGACAUCUUGACGCCCGGCGACUACGAACAAAUAUGGAAGUGGAACCACAAAUUCCCUUCCGAUCUGGCCAGUUGUGUGCAUGAACUCGUCGAAGCGCGAGCCAAAGACCAACCUACAGCACAAGCUGUAUGUGCCUGGGACGGCGAGAUGACAUACCAGGAAUUGAACGUACUCGCUAGUGAGCUGGCGAAUCAACUUAAGAAAUCGGGUAUCGGGCAAGAGAUCAUGGUCCCUAUUUAUUUCGAAAAGUGCCAAUGGGUCGUGGUUGCUAUGCUUGCGGUACUCAAGGCCGGUGGCGUUGUCGUCCCUAUAGAUACGUCGCAGCCGGCAAAUAGACGGGAGCGCAUCAUCGCCCAAACCGGCGCCAAGUUACUAUUGACUUCUGUUCAAUACGAAGCAGCUCUCGCCCAACCUGGUCGGACGGUCGUUGUGGUUGGGCCACAUUCAAUUCCCUCGAACCCGGUUCCUUCCGAGGCAGAAUCUACAGGAAGCGUCGUUGCCAUAGAACAAAGUCCAUUCUCUACCGCCUUCGUGUUAUUUACGUCUGGAAGCACAGGAGAGCCCAAAGGUGUAACGUUGAGCCACCGUGCUAUCAGCAGUACCUGUGCUGCCAAGUGGGCUCGAACCGGGGGUGGCACUCAGACUCGGGCUUACCAGUUCUCAUCCUAUACAUUCGACCUAAGUUACUACGAAAUCUUCGGAAGCCUCAUGCACGGAGGAUGUACCUGUAUACCUUCAGACGAGGAAAGACUUAAUCGGGUAGAGGAGAGUAUUAAUGCGUUAAGGGCUAAUCUACUUAUACUAACUCCCACGAUUAGUCGACUUCUAAACCCAAAUCAGGUCCCUUCCGUAGAGACAAUCAUGUUAGCUGGUGAGAGUUGCAAGAAGGAAGACCUUUCUCGUUGGACAGACCAUCGCGUGAGAGCCUUCAAUGUGUAUGGACCAACAGAAUGUACGAGUUGUACCAUCCACGAAUUUAAGACUGAUUCCUCAACCGAGCCAGCAGCGACCAGUCUUGGCACUGGUUCAGGAUCGCUUCUUUGGGUAGUUAUACCUGGGCAUGAGGACCAGCUUGCACCUAUCGGAGCCAUAGGGGAGCUGCUUGUCGAAGGGCCUGUAUUAUCUUCGGGAUAUUUGGGUGACCCGGAAAAGACAGCAACAUCUUUUAUUGAAGAUCCACCGUGGUUGCUUGCCGGCUUCCCUGGCUAUCCUGGUCGUCAUGGUCGCCUCUAUAAGACGGGUGACUUAGUUCGAUACAAUGAGGACGGAUCUUUGGUGUACAUCGGUCGCAAAGAUACACAAGUCAAGAUUCGUGGCCAACGUCUGGAGCUCGGUGAGGUAGAACACCACGUGAAAGCUUGUGUUCCGGGGGUCAAGGAAAUUGCGGCAGAAAUGAUACGACCUCGGAGCGAUCUCUCUAACUCCAUGCUGGCUGCAUUCCUGGUCAUGGAUGAAACUCACAGAAAUGACCACGAUGUGAAAACCGGAGAGACUGAGUUGCAACUGAUGACUAUUUCAGUCACCAUAGCAGACGACUUAGCUGAACGCUUGCCAACUUACAUGGUUCCAGUUGUGUACUUCACCGUCAACGUACUACCCAUGACCAGCUCGGGCAAGACUGAUCGUCGGAGUUUAUGUAGCAUUGCUUCUGAGUUUUCGGGGCAAAAGAUAGCAGAAUAUCGCAAUGCCAAUCUCAUGGAUAAGCGAAUACCAUCCACAGCAAUGGAGAGGAAGCUACAGGAUAUCUGGGCACGAGUUCUUCAGAUAAAUUCCGACAACAUUGGCGCCAACGACAACUUCUUCGGAUUAGGUGGCGACUCCGUCUCGGUCAUGAAGCUGGUUGCCGACGCUCGUCAGGUUGGCAUUCCACUGCUCUCUCGAGAAGUUUUCCGCAAUCCUCGACUGUCAGCACUAGCACAGGUGUCGAGCAAAGCGCAAGGGGUGCAAGGAGAGCUCGCUCCCUUCACAUUACUGUCAGGGAGUUCGCGGCUCAAGAGCGAUAACUCAGUCUCCUGGGUCGAGGAUGAGAUAAAACAUCGGGCUCGGAUAGCUGAUGCUUGCGACCUUGAUGAUGGACAGCUGGUUGAAGACGCAUACCCCUGUACACCACUACAGGAGGGCCUUCUUUCUCUAACAACCAUGUCUUCGAGUGCGUACACUACCCGAGGUGCCCUUAAGUUAUCGGGAGAUACCGAUCUUACUCGAUUUCGCGACGCUUGGGAGCAGGCAUCACAAAAACUCCCAAUAUUACGUACCAGAAUUAUCCAAGACACGGAUUUUGGCCUGAUCCAAGUCGUCGUCAAUGAAAAUCUCAAAUGGGCUUACGGAUACGACCUGGACAAGUAUCUCAAGCAAGAUGCCAACAAGCCGAUGGACCUUGGACUACGUCUAAUCCGAUUCGGUAUAGUAUUCAGCAGCUCUGGUACCUGGUUUGUGUGCACGGUGCAUCACGCCAUCUAUGAUGGGCAUCUUUUCAACCGCGUCCUAGCCCUAGUCAAUAGCUUCUAUCACGAAUCUCCUCAUCAGGCGCCUCAAAUGCGAGACUUCAAGUAUUUUAUAAAGUACAUCUCGGAUAUGGACACCGAAUCUGCUGGCACAUAUUGGCGGUCCAAAUUCGACGGCUAUGAUUCCGAGCCAUUCCCUGCACCAUCACUGAAAUCGACGGCCACAUCAGCCAAGUGCACUGUGAAUCACCGCAUAGCAUUGCCUUACAAAGCACCAUCAAAUUCCAACAUUACUCGUGCUAAUCUUAUAAGGGCGGCAUGGGUAUUGACAAUAGCUGCCUGCUCCGGCACGUACGACGUGGUGGUUGGCGCGACAGUAUCAGGACGGUACGCAGAUGUCGACGGCGGCGCUGAGAACAUUGCCGGACCCACGAUUGCCACAGUGCCUGUACGUGUUCAAAUAGACUCUGCACAAAAUGUGACAGAUUACCUUCGUCAUAUCCAGGAACAAUCUGUCGACAUGAUUCCCUACGAGCAAGUUGGAUUACAACAUAUCCAGGAGCUGUCCUCGGCGGCACGUCAUGCGUGCAACUUCCAAAGCCUUCUCGUUGUACAACCUCGUAAGGAAGCUGACUCCGAGGUAAUGAAAGACGGAAAUUUUGGAACCUGGAAGAACUUGGCCGAGGACAAAGACUUUGCCAUAUAUCCCUUGAAUUUGAUCUGCAAUUUGGAUACCGACAGUGCCGGGCUCCAGGUCCUUUUCGAUUCGACUGCCAUCAGCAACUGGUUUAUGGAGUUGGUACUGGAACGAUUAGAUCAGGUUGUCCAGCAGUUGUUGUCUGCUACCGCUGGACAGACCAUUGCAGAUAUAGAGGUUUUGGCGCCAACUGACCAUCGCAGGUUGGGGUCCUGGAAUGGUCAAGUACCACAAAGCAACGAGCGCUGCAUUCAUAGCUUCGUGGAGGAGCAGGCUAUGGAACAACCGAAUGCGCAGGCCGUGUUUGCCUGGGAUGGCGAGUUCACCUACAAAGAGCUGGACACGCUGGCUAGUCAGCUGGCUCAGCACCUCAUCACUCUCGGUCUUUUGCCUGAGAUGAUGGUACCGCUGUAUUUUGAGAAAUCACGAUGGACUGUGGUGGCAUUCCUGGCAGUUUUGAAGGCUGGCGGCGCGGUUGUUCCACUGGAUCCAGAACGAUCUCAUGAUCGCAGAGAACAUAUCAUAGAGCAGACUGGUGCUCAGUUGAUGCUGGCUUCUGCCAAGUAUUCAGAAAACUGUGCUUGUGCUGGUCGAGUCGUUGUUAUUGUUUGUCAGCAAAGCAUGCUAGAUUUGUGUGAGAAGUCAUAUGGCCCAGUCAAAUGGCAGGUCACGCCCUCGAUGGCAGCCUACGUCAUGUUCACCUCUGGUAGCACCGGACAGCCGAAGGGUGUGGUCGUGGAGCACCGUGCAAUGAGUACCAGUAGCUCCAACAUUGCAAGAGAACUCUUGAUCAACAGGCGAUCCCGUGUGCUUCAGUUCUCUGCAUAUGUAUUCGACGUCAGCAUCAUGGAGACAGCAAGCGCUCUCAUGCAUGGAGGUUGCUUAUGCAUACCUUCCGAGGAUCAGAGACAUCAAGAUAUCGAGGGCAUCAUCAACUCAAUGAGCAUAAGUGUGGCAUUCCUGACACCUGCAAUCGGCCGUUUAAUUGAGCCCGACAGAGUUCCUUUACUGGAAACAAUCUUCAUGGGUGGUGAAGCUGCAGUUGACGAUGAUUUCAUGCGAUGGGAAUCCAGGGCUCAGGCUGUCAACGCAUACGGUCCCACGGAAUGUUCUGCGAUAUGUUCUAUCAGCACGAAGCACUCAAGCCCGGGCUGUGGCUCUCGUAUCGGGUCUGCAAUUAGCUGCGUUACCUGGAUUGUGAUGCCUGAAGACCCCAACCGGCUUGCUCCUGUCGGAGGAGUGGGUGAAUUACUCAUCGAGGGCCCCAUCCUGGCACGAGGUUAUCUUCAUGACCCGACAAAGACAGCAGCAUCGUUCAUCGAGGACCCGCCAUGGCUGCUACGUGGCACUGCUGAUCAACUGGGCCGUCGAGGGCGUCUGUAUCGCACAGGUGAUCUUGUACGCUAUGGUGAAAACGGUGAGCUAAUCUUUCUCGGCCGAAAGGAUACGCAAGUCAAAAUCCGUGGCCAGCGCGUUGAGCUGGGAGAAGUCGAGUAUCAGGUACGCGCGUGCGUCCCAGACGUGAGCCAAGUGGCUGCGGAGGUGAUCACUCCGAGCGGUGCUGGCGGUGUCCCUGUGCUAGCAGCGUUCUUGACUAUGGAAGGCAAGACAAAUUCUAUGGCUGAUGCCAUCCGUAUGAUCGAUUUGACGGAGGCAGCUCAAGACAGGCUUGCUGAGAGACUCCCUGCCUAUAUGGUGCCAGUGCUCUACUUCGACAUUAGUCGCUUCCCCAUCAAUAGAUCCGGUAAAAUCGACCGCCACCAACUUCGUGCCCUGGGUGAUGGAGUCCAGAUCGCGAAUCGUGGACAGGUACGCCAACCUACAUCAGAGGCGGAGCUUCAGAUGCAAAAUAUAUGGAGUCGCGCGCUGAGAAUGGAACCCAACGCCAUUGGACUGGACGACAGUUUCUUUGGCCUUGGUGGCAAUUCAAUCGUGGCGAUGCAGCUCAUGGGAGAAGCUCGUAGGGCAGGUCUCCAACUUUCGGUGGCAGAUAUUUUCCGCCAUCCUAAGCUCUACGAUAUGGCAAAGCAAGCAAGCCCCUCAUGUGGAAGUACAUCCCAAGGCAUACCGAAACAUAACAAGUCCGAAGCCGUUGAGCAGUCCUACGCUCAAGAGCGCCUGUGGUUCCUCGAUCGGUUGUAUCCUGGAUCCACGCAUUAUCUGAUGCCAAGUGCAUUUCGACUACGAGGUCCUCUCUCGUUGGAUGCACUCAGUACAGCAAUGUGUGCUCUGGAGCGUCGUCACGAGACACUCCGGACGGUUUUCGGGUCUGAAAAUACUGUGAAUGUUCAAAUAGUCCGUCCAUUCCAAACCAAGGAGCUGAAGGUUGUUGACAUGCCCUGGGACCUGGAUGGUGAUUUUGUGCCUGCUCUACAGCAGGAACAGAUGGUUCCAAUCGAUCUUGAGGGAGAGGCGAGCUGGAAGGUCUGUGUCUACCGAUGUGGCACAGAAGAUUAUAUCUUGUCUAUUGUCAUGCAUCAUAUUAUCUCUGAUGGCUGGUCUGUCGACGUUCUUUGCAAGGAGCUCGCCAGAUUUUACUCUGCCGCUCUUCGCGCGCAAGAUCCUAUCUCGCAGAUAGAAGAGUUGCCAAUCCAAUACAGUGACUACUCCGUCUGGCAAAGGCAGGAUGAGCAGGUCAAUGAGCAACGUCGACAGCUCGACUACUGGGUCCAGCAACUACAGGGAAGUCGUCCCGCCGAAGUACCUUGUGACAUGCCACGCCCGGCCAGGCUCUCGGGCCAGGCCGGUGUGCACCAACUCAGGAUCGACGGGUCCUUAUUCGAGGCUCUGGACCAUUUCUGCAGAGACCGAGAGGUGACACCAUUUGUGGUCCUCCUCGCCGCAUUCAGAGCGACCCACUAUCGCCUUACUGGUGUCAGUGAUGCAGCUAUCGGAACUGGCAAUGCCAACCGCGACCGUUGGGAACUUAGAGACGCCGUUGGCUUCUUCGUGAACAUGCAAGCCCUCCGCAUCAAGAUUGAAGAUGAAACUUUUGAGGAACUAGUUCAGCAAGUCCAAGCCACGACAAUUGAUUCCUUAGCUAACCAGGACGUUCCGUUCGAAAGAAUCGUCGCAAAGAUUAAUUCCGAAAGGGAUCUAUCUCGUAACCCAAUAUUCCAAGUGGCCAUGCUACUACACUCUCAGCUGGAAUUGGGAACAUUGAGGCUUGAAGACGUUGAGACAGUGCCCAUACCAUUGCCAGUCACCACCAGGUUUGAUCUCACCUUCCACUUUUACCAAGAAGAGCAUGCGCUACAAGGCAGAAUUCUGUACUCAACAGAUCUCUAUAAGCCUGAAACGGUCAGAAAUAUGCUCUCCGUUUUCGAAUCGGUGCUUAAUCGGAGUCUUUCUGACCCGAAGACGACAAUUGCGACACUGCCGCUGCUGACAGACGAGCACUCCUCAGCAUUGGACGCACUUGGCCUAGGCCAGAUUCAAAGGACAGACUACCCUAAAGAAAUGAGCGUCGUCGACGUGUUCCGCCAGCAAGCCGCUGCCACUCCCGAGAGCUUAGCCGUCAAGGACUCCUCAUCCCAAUUGACAUAUGCUCAGCUCGACCACCAAUCGGACCUGCUGGCCGCUUGGUUGGUAAAGCGGUCUCUGGCUCCGGAAAUACUCGUUGGUGUGCUUGCCAAUCGAUCCUGCUACACCAUUACUGCUUUCAUGGGUAUUCUCAAGGCAAAUCUGGCUUACCUGCCCCUCGACACCAGAACUCCGGAGGGUCGAAUGGAAACAAUCCUCUCGUCUGUACAAGGCCGUAGACUUGUUCUAGUGGGGCCCGCCGUGAAAAUCCCAAACCUCGAAGUAGAGGAUGUCGAAUUCUUAUUCAUCAACAAUAUCCUCACUGGGUGCACAGAAGAAUCGGAACCUCUUCAAUUAUCACCACUGGGGGCCCUGCCUUCACCAACUAGCCUUGCCUAUGUCAUGUUCACCUCCGGGUCCACCGGCAGGCCGAAGGGCGUUAUGGCGGAACAUCGUGGUAUAGUCAGGCUAGCGAAACAGAACGUGCUCAACGAGCACCUCCCUCCAGCGGUUAGGAUAGCUCAUAUGACGAACAUCAGUUUCGACUUGUCGUCUUGGGAAAUCUAUACCGCUAUCUUGAAUGGCGGUUCUCUGAUCUGUAUCGACACAAUGGCAAUGUUGGAUUUCACGACGACAAGUAGGAUCUUUGCCCGCGAGGGAGUUCAGACUGCUGCUUUUACAGCGUCAGUUUUCAAGCAGUACAUCAACCACAGUCCCGCCACGUUUUCUGACUUGGAUGUGGUGUACGUAACCGCCGAGCGACUGGACCCGGAGGACAUGUUUGCCGCAUUGAAGGUUAUGAAGGGCAAAUUUGUCCAGACAUACGGACCGACAGAAGACACGAGCACUAGUACGCAGUACUGGGCGACAGAGAAGGAUCUGUGUACCAAUGGGGUGCCAAUUGGGCGCGCGAUCAGCAAUUCGGGUUCGUUCGUCAUGGACUCGCAGCAGCGCCUGGUCCCGCUCGGCGUGAUUGGAGAGCUUGUGGUGAUAGGCGAUGGUCUUGCCAGAGGAUACGUGGACCCUCUACACAAUAUCAACAGAUUCAUUACGGUGAAGGUCCGGGGAGAAGAGAUUAGAGCCUACCGGACGGGAGACUAUGUACGCUAUCGACCUACUGAUGGAGAGUUAGAGUUUCUUGGACGAAUCGAUGGUCAAGUUAAGAUACGGGGCCAGCGGGUUGAACUACCAGAGAUUGAACACACCAUUGGCAACCACGAAUCAGUCGAACACGCUGUGGUCCUUUUAAACCGUGAUGGCAACUCAGAGCCGCAGGUCAUCAGCUUCGUUACCCUUCGCGAAAGAGAUCUUGAACUCGAUGGAACACAUGACAACAGCGAAGAAUCACAAUACGUAGACGACUGGGAAGAGCACUUCAAUCUUGAUACAUACAACUCGAUUGGCAACACAGAACCAGAGAAGAUUGGAAGAGACUUUCUAGGAUGGACCUCCAUGUACGAUGGGAGCGAAAUCGACAAGGGAGAAAUGAAUCAGUGGCUGGACGAUACAAUUGCAACGAUACGUAACGGCGCCAACCCCGGUCGCAUUCUUGAGAUCGGAACAGGUUCAGGAAUGCUUCUUUUCAACCUGGCAUCCCAAGGCAUAGAUGGGUACGUCGGCCUCGAACCAUCUCAAAAGGCAGCAAAUUUCGUGAACCAGACCGCGGCAUCUAUUCCCACGAUGAACGGCAAAGUCAAGGUUCAUAAGGCUGCCGCUGCAGAUAUCGAACAUCUAGGAAGCCUCGGCUUCCCUGACUGUGUAGUGGUGAACUCAGUUGCUCAGUACUUUCCAAGUCAAGCUUAUCUCUCGAGGCUGGUGCAAAGUCUGCUCAAGCUGGAUGGUGUGAAAAGACUCUUCUUUGGUGAUAUUCGAUCCCAUGCAGUAUUCCAAGAGUUUUUGGCUACCAGAGCGUUGCAUAUGAUUGGAGAAGAAGCAACUCAAGAUGAGUUCAGACGGAUAAUGGCUGAAAUGGAGCGGGCCGAGUCAGAGUUGCUCGUUGAUCCAGCCUUCUUCACUCGACUUUUGAGAGAAAUUCCCGACCAGAUCGAGCACGUUGAGAUUCUGCCCAAAAGAAUGCAUGCCACCAACGAACUCAGUUGUUAUCGAUUUGAUGCUGUCAUCCACCUCAGAGCAAGGGGACGUGCUUCGAGGCAACUCAAUCACAUUAGAGAGGACCGCUGGAUUGACUUUGUGGAACAAGGGCUGACCGGAAAGGCACUCUCCAAGAUGCUGCAGCAAACCCGAGCUGACUCACCUCUUGUUGCUAUUAGCAAUAUUCCUCACGGAAAAACUAUUUUCGAAAGACACAUUAUCGAUUCACUCAAUAACAGUGGAACUAGUCCAUCCAGUGAUAGAAAGUGGCUCUCAUCAAUCCGUCAUCUCUCUCAAGCAUGCGAUUCGCUUUCUGCAGUGGACUUGGCCACGAUAGCUCGGGAAUCAGGGCAUAGGGUCGAGCUUAGUUGGGCACGGCAGUACUCUCAGCGGGGAGGCAUAGACGCAGUGUUCCAUUGUCUCCAACCGGUCAGUGGUGAAUCCAGAGUCAUGUUCCAAUUUCCUCAUGAUAGCACACAUCCGCCUCGACCUCUUGCAAGCCAACCAUUGCGCAAGCAAUUGAUCCACAAAGCUGAAAGACAAAUCCGCGCGUCAUUGGUAGCCAAGUUACCUUCGUACAUGGUUCCUAGCUCAAUCACCAUCUUGGACAGGAUGCCCUUCAACUCUAAUGGUAAGGUUGAUCGUCAAGAACUUACUAGAACACUCCAGAACAAGCCAGCCCCAGAAAGAACAUCACUGGUACGGCAACCAACGUCGGAAUCAGAAGCAAGGAUGCAGCGAAUAUGGGCCAAGGUACUCGAUGUUGAGCCCAUCAUCAUUGGGCUUGACGAUAGCUUCUUCCAGAUUGGCGGCAACUCAAUUGCAGCAAUGAAAGUCGUUGGAGAGGCUUCGAAGACCGGUCUCAAGUUGGCUGUGGCCGACCUCUUCCGUUACCCGGUACUUUGUGAUCUUGCCAGCCGAGCUGCUGAAAAGGUGGAUAUUGGCCCCGUGGAAAUUGCACCUUUCUCUCUCCUUAGUGAGAAUGGCGACGUCACGUCGUUCCUCCAGGAGAUUGCAAGUCAAUAUCGGUUAAACUCGACUACCAUAUCCGACGCCUAUCCCUGCACACCUCUACAGGAGGGUCUUCUAUCCUUGACAUCUAAGCAGUCUGGAGACUAUGUCAUGCAAGGUGUUUUAGAGCUUUCUUCUAAGGUGCAAAUUGAUUCUUUCCGUAUGGCAUGGGAGCAAGUACACCAUACAAUGCCCAUAUUGCGUACCCGACUUAUUCAGCAUAGCAGCCUCGGCCUUGUGCAGGUGGUAGUGGACGAAAAGAUUCGAUGGAUUGAAUCAGACAACCUCCAAAGAUAUCUUGAGGAUGACAAGAAUCAUAUAAUGGACUUGGGUGAGGUUCUCACACGUCACGCCAUCAUCAAAGACGAAACGGGAACACCCAAAUAUUUCGUAUGGACGAUACAUCAUGCACUCUAUGACGGAUGGUCGAUGCCUCUGAUUAUAGAUGCCGUCAGGCGCGGAUACGGAGGAGAAACCUUAGGACAAGGCCCACAAUUUAAGGCGUUUAUCAAGUACAUCAAAGAGCAGGGGAAUGAGAAGAUGUCUACCUACUGGCGCGACACCUUGAAUUCUUACGAGGGUGGAUCGUUCCCAUCAACACCACACUCCACAGAUCAACCAUUAGCGGACCAAGUGGUGGUGCACAAGUUUCCACAGGCCAAGCAACGAUUCAGUGACAUCACAGAAUCGACACUGAUCCGCGCCGCAUGGAGCUUGGUAACUAAAUGUAUGUCCGGUUCAAACGACAUCGUCUUCGGUACAACACUCUCUGGAAGAAAUGCACCAGUUCCUGGCAUUGAAUUAAUGGCAGCUCCAGCAUUCGCAACAGUUCCUGUCCGUGUGAAGCUGGCGAGCAAUCAGAAGGUCUCGGAAUAUCUGAGGACAGUUCAGCAGCAGGCGACAGAGAUGAUCCCGUUCGAACAAGCCGGACUGCAUAGAAUUGCUCGACUGUCUCCUGGAUGCAGCAAAGCUUGCUCGUUCCAGACCCUGCUCGUGAUUAACCCGCAGAGGACACCGAGCGAUGGUGACACCACCGAGUCGCUCGGGGAGUGGAUGGCCACAGAUCAGCAGCAGCGGUUCAACUAUCCUCUCGUAAUUCAGGUCCAACUUGAGACACAAGAAGUGACAGCAAAGGCUAGCUACGAUUCAAGAGUUCUUGAUCCGGCAUUGGUACGAAAUCUUCUGGAACUACUUGGAUUCGUGAUGAUACAGCUUAUCGGCGCGCCUGCUGGGAGCCGCUUGACAGACAUUGAGGUCGUCACAACGCCGGACCUUGAGCAAAUUUGGAACUGGAAUAGUACUCUUCCGAGCUCGGCCGAUAGAUGCGUGCAUGAUAUCAUCCAGGACCGUCUGCAGACUCAAAAGAGCGCACCUGCUAUUUGCGCUUGGGAUGGUGACCUGGCAUAUGGGGAACUUGACCGAUUAUCUUCAAAUCUAGCGGCUAGACUCGUUGAUCUUGGCAUAGAGUCUGGGAAGUUGGUACCGUUGUGUUUUGAAAAGUCAAAGUGGAAUAUAGUGGCUAUGCUGGCUGUGCUCAAGACUGGCGCAGCAUUCGUUCCUCUGAACGCAUCUCAGGCAUCGGGGCGGAGGGAUCGAGUGCUGGUUCAGUUUGCACCCGAAGUGAUCUUGACAUCGACGAACCACGCAACGGAACUGUACAGUCGUGGACGAACGGUACUGGUUAUCAACACAGAGACUAUGAAUGACCUGCCAGAAAAGGCAAUUGCCAUACAAAAGCAACCAUCGUCCGCAGCCUACACCAUCUUUACCUCUGGCAGCACUGGCCAGCCGAAAGGUGUUGUGGUCGACCAUCGCGCUCUGGUCACGAGUUGUCUGAGCCAUGGAUCAAUAAUUGGGUUUAACGAGGAGACGAGAAUGCUUCAAUUUACGUCGCAUACAUUCGACGUUAGCAUUAUGGAGAUUCUGACUACCCUUGUGCAUGGAGGUUGUAUAUGUAUACCGUCCGACGACGCAAGAUUUGACAACCUUGAACAAGCCGCUGAUGGUAUGAAGGUCAACAUUGCCUCCCUGACACCAUCUGUGGCAAGACUCGUGGAUCAAAGCCGAAUACCAACUCUAAGUUCGAUCGUAUUAGGUGGGGAGAACGCGACUGCCGGGGAUUUUGAAAGAUGGAGGCAUCUUGCCCACGUUUUCAAUGGCUAUGGACCAACAGAAUCUACUGUUUUCUGCGCUAUCAACAAGGUGGCAAGCGGCAGCAGCAGUAGUAGCGGAGGUUGUAUAGGAAGCGCUGUGGGCUCCGUACUGUGGAUCGUCUCACAAGAAGAUGACCAGCGCCUGGCACCGAUAGGCGCUGUUGGAGAGCUAGUGAUCGAGGGCCCUCUCUUGGCACAAGGUUAUCUCAAUGACCCAGAGAAAACAAACGCGUCAUUCAUCAAAGAUCCGGCUUGGCUAACAUGCGGAUCGCCGACCCAUGUCGGACGCCGGGGUCGUGUGUACAAGACCGGAGAUCUAGUGCGCUACAACACGGAUGGUAGCCUCUUCUAUAUUGGGCGAAAGGACUCUCAGGUCAAAAUUCGCGGACAGCGCGUGGAAUUAGGCGAAAUAGAGUAUCACCUUCGGGAGGCUAUCCCCGGUGCCCUCCAGGUGUCUGUUGAAGUGAUCACACCCAGCGGAGAAGGAUCCACUCCGACUCUUACAGCCUUCCUUGUCUUGGAGAAUGAGUUCACCGACGAAACAUCACCCGAGGAGCGCAGCGAGAAGCCGUCGGUCCGGCCUUACAACAUACCCUCCACGGUAGAAGACAGUUUGUCUGAAAGCUUACCUGCGUAUAUGAUUCCCACGGCAUAUUUCAUAAUCAACAGGAUUCCUAUCAGCAGUUCGGGCAAGACCGACCGCGCGGUAUUGCGCGAAAUUGGGACGACGCCCUCACUCCAGCAACUGGCCGACACAAACGUCAAGGCCGGGAUUCGCGCUCCUGCCACAGAAACAGAGUCAGCGUUGCAACAGAUCUGGGCGUCCGUCCUGAACAUCGAUUCUGCUACCAUCGGAGUUGACGACACCUUUUUCCGCCUCGGUGGCGACUCCAUUACAGCCAUGCAGGUUUCCGCAUCAGCACGCUCCGCUCAAAUUGAUAUCUCAACUAGAGAUAUACUCCGCAAGAAGACUAUCUCUCGUCUCGCGAAGAGUGCUCUUGCUUCGAGUUACCGCCCUGGAUCUAAUGCUGUAGCUAAAGAAGAAGCUAGUGGUCAGCCGUUCCCACUGAGUCCCAUCCAGAGCCUUUACACUCUUCUGGGAGACGACCCUACUAGAUGUUUCGACCAGUGCUUUCUUCUCAAGCUGCGAGAAAAAGUUCCUUACGACACUCUAGUAACGGCCAUUCAGACAAUCAUAUCCAGGCAUCCUAUGCUACGGGCUAGGUUUAGCCAGACACACGAGGGAAUCUGGGAGCAGCGCAUUGCUGACGAUGUCUCUCAGUCGUUCCAUAUACAUCAUAUCCAGAACGCAACACUCGACGCUUUAGAACAAGCCAGCGAAAUUCGACACUGUCGCGAAACCCUCGAUGUCAAGAAGGGACCUGUUGUCGCGUCGGUUCUUUUUGAGAAUCCAGACUCUCAGACUAUAUUCAUUGCUGCGCACCAUCUCGUCAUCGACCUUGUCUCGUGGCGCCUGUUCCUACAAGAGCUGGAAGAACUGUUGAGUGGCAGGCAAAAGUUACUGCCUCCAACCCUGAGCUUCCGUACGUGGUGUGAACUUCAGUCGCGAUAUGCGGCAGAGAGCCUUAGCAUCCCAUCGUCUAGCUCUAGCGGCGAACAGCUGUCUUCAUCGUCGUACUGGGGAAUUGAUAAAAACGACAACACCGCAGGCGCAACAACAACGAAGUAUUUCUAUCUAGACAAUCAAACGAGUGCGAAAAUUCUGGGCGGUGCAAAUGACGCAUUUGGGACGCGUCCACUGGAGCUGAUGAUAGCAGCCUUGAUACACUCUUUCAGGACUGUGUUCCAGGACCGUGAGCCGCCAGCAAUAUUCAGCGAAGGCCACGGUCGGGAGCCCUGGAACAACAUUAUUGAUAUCACACGCACUGUAGGGUGGUUCACCACAAUAUACCCCGCGCAUCCAUCGAUAUCUGCGGAUAGCUCCGUCAUCGACACGAUUCGCCUUACAAAAGACUUUAUUCGUAGCCUAUCAAAAAACGGGUGGUCGUAUUUCACAUCACGAUUUGCAGACGAGAGGAAGGCUAGACCGAAUGCUCAGGCUUUCCCAGUCGAGAUUUUGCUCAAUUUUGCUGGCUCGUAUCAACAGCUGGAACGGCAAAAGUCGAUCUUUGAACAGCUUCCGCUCCCAGAGAAUUGUAAACCAGCAUCCGCAUCAGGUCUGAAGAGACAAGCUCUUUUCGAUAUCUCAGCAAUCACAGACAAAGGGCGAUUGGCCACUUCCUUCACAUUCCCAAAGAACGCUCAUCAUCAAGAAAGAAUCGCCUCUUGGGUGGACCAAUACGAGACUAUUCUAGGGGAGAUUGCGUCUCAGUUAUCAAACCGUCCCCGGGUGUGGACAGUCGCUGAUUUCCCCAUGGCUUUCAGCUCAUACGAACACGUCGCCGACUUCCAAAUUCACCUGUUGCCACAGCUUCAAUACAAGGUGGACGAUGUCGAGGAUAUCUACCCUUGUACAGUCGUGCAAGAGCGUUUCCUAGCUGCUCAACGUCAAGAUCUGACGAAAUACCGAAUCAAGCUGGAGCUCGAGGUCCUUGAGAGCGGCCUCAUUGACCUACCGAGAAUUGAAGCCUCGUGGCGGGCUGUUGUGCGGCGACAUUCCAUUCUACGCGCACUGCUAUCGAACCAAGUUCCAGGAAGCUCCCGGACGAUGCACGUCGUCCUGAAAGACCCCACUCCCAACAUAACAUAUAUCCACGACAGGACAGUCUCUCGGAAUAAUCUCCCGCGGGAAUCCAGUCCGCAUCAUGUUGGUUACGAUGAGCGCGGCUUGCAGCAUAGCUUGUCGAUCCGCCAAGUUGACGAACACCGCGCUCUUCUCCGCAUCGAGAUCAACCACGUAAUCAUAGAUGGCUACUCCAUAGCAAUACUCCUGAAUGAUCUCCGUCUGGCAUAUGGCGAUCGCCUUGACCUCGAAGGCCCGCUCUACGGCGACUUUAUCAAGUACGUCGAGCAGCAAUCACUAGACGCGGACCGGGAGUUCUGGACGAGUCACCUCAAGGAUAUCGAAAUAUGCCAUUUCCCGGUUGCAAAAAGCCACACGACUGGACAAGGCACCUUCAGAGUCAACGUGCCGCGUAUAAAUGCAGAAAAGAUACAUCACUUCUGCCUAAAGUCGGAGUUUACAACAGCCACUGUCAUUCAGGCAGCAUGGGCGUUGGUCCUGCAACAAUACACAGGGUUGACGGUGCCAUGCUUCGGGAUGUUGACUUCUGGCAGAGAUGUCCCUGUCGACGAAGUCAGUCAGAUUCUUGGACCACUCAUCAAUAUCGUCCCUUGCCGAGUUCAACUUUCCCAACCGCGGUCGGUCUCGAAGGUACUAGAGGAAAUUCAAGACGAUUAUACCAAGAGCUUGUCGCACCAGACAUAUGCAAUGGUAGAAAGCCAAGGGAAAUCCGGGGUAAACAAGCCCGGACUUUUCAAUACUGCUCUGUCCAUACAGAGGCGGAGAGAAAGUCCGACUCAGGUCCAGGGCAGCAACACCAUCGAGCUCAAACACAGCCAAGAUCCAGUAGAAUGGGAUAUAUAUGUCAGAGCGCAAGAUUGGACUGAUGGCCUCGACAUAACUUUGGAGUUCUGGCAAGAUUCAACGUUUGAAACGACUGGCCGGGAAGUGGCGGAUUUCUUCAGUGCUGCUUUGGGGAUUGUUAUUUCGGCACGCGAAGACAGCAUUGACAGUCUUCAAUUGGGAAAUUAGAUAGAAUGGGUUUCGUAUGGAAUUGGGUUCUCUUGUUGGAUUCUUCUUAGGAUGGGAUGGCGUUUGGUUGCUUAUGUGGCUCCUGGGUAAAUAGACAGGCCUUGGGGCUCCUUUCCUUGGCAGAUCAAACAUAAUUGUAGAUCGUACAUAAUCGAAGGCGAUUGUCAGGC